CCAGUUUCCGAGGGAAUGUAUUGACAUCAUCACUUUUUCAGCCACGAUUGAACUCAUCAAAACAACCCAAUAACUCGGAAAAUCUUCUUUUUUCACUUAAGUUCCUUCGGCCCAAUUAGCAUUCAAAAACUUUAAAGAGACCAGAAUAUCAAUUCAAAAUCAGAUCAAAUCACACCAAAUUCACAAUGGGUAUCCCUCACUCUACAGCUCGUUGGGUCGCACCACUAUCGUUCGCCAUUGACUUCGCUGCCCAACAAUAUGGUAUGCUUGCGACCCCAAAUAUGAAAGAUGUUCACGAUGCGAAUCUAUCAUUCUGGUCGCCACAACCAUAUUUCAUCGCUGGAUUUUUCUUCCCGCAACAGUUGUUCCAAUUGGCAUGGUUAUAUAGACUUUACAAACUCGACCCCAAAAAGAGCGAGGAGACCAAGAGAGAGGUUGAGACCAUGGUAAAAUUCGUCCAUUACUAUACAGUAGGAAAUUUGUGUAUCGCAAGUUAGUUAUGAUUUAUUUGAUGCUCAGAAUCCAAACUAAUCUGACGCUACAGCCUGGAUGAUAUUCUGGAAUAACUCGGCACUCAAAGUAGCAAAUGUGUUUGUCCUGAUAAAUUCAUUUACACAACUGUAUUUCAUCGCUAUCAAACAACCAUCAAUGAAUACACAUUCAACCUCGUCAGUCUUGACUCACAUUGUUUCCAAAACAUUUGCUGGCAUUGGUGUCCUCGACUUCCUCCAUAACGGCUCAGUUGCGUAUUUCAACCAUCAAGGUCCAAGCACCGCAGUGAAAAUACUCACCGGUCUUGGAUUCGGUGCUUUGGCAAGUGGAAGUGACUGGAUCUUUGGAGGAUGCUUAGUCUACGACCUGAUUGCUCUGGCUGUCGGUCAACGGGGUAUUGGGGAAGUCGGUUGGAGCAAUUUACUGGGGGCUUACGCACUGGGAGCUGCCAGCAUUGUGACGGCAAAGAAUUUGGUAAGGUGAGUGGGUAGACGAUUCUGUUGUGUGCCUCAGUCGCUUUGUUUACUGGCGUGGCUUGGCUCUAUGCUUGUGCUGAAUCAAGUUCUCAUAGACCCCCGUACAAAAAGGGCGAAACGAUUAGUUACGCACCUGCACCAGCUACACUGGAAGAGGAGUCUGAUUAGGAAGUACUGUAUUAUCUGAAGUUUUACUGCUGUUGGGAGGUUCGAUAUAAUCUUUUGGUCAAAUAAGAGCUUACAGUACCAUAACUCUUAUUCUUUCAAAGCCGGAAGGAAAAGGUGUGGGAAAACUUUGUUCUUAUUUGCAAAAUUAGCCGAC